GCUGAAAGUCUUUUUCUUUUCCACAGAGCACCUUGAGUGAUGCCCAAGAAGUUCCAAGGUGAAAAUACCAAGUCGGCUGCUGCCCGGGCGAGGAAAGCUGAGGCAAAGGCAGCAGCCGAUGCCAAGCGGCAGCAGGAGCUGGAAGAUGCCUACUGGAAGGAUGAAGACAAACACGUGAUGAGGAAGGAGCAGAGGAAGGAGGAGAGGGAGAAGCGGCGGCUGGAGCAGCUGGAGCGCAAGAAGGAGCUGCAGCGCCUGCUGGAGGAGGAAGACUCCAAACUGAAAGGGAAGUCACCCAAACAGGUCACUCCGGGCAAAGUCACCAGGGCCCAGAUUGAGGAGACGAUCAGAAAAGACCAGCAGCAGAAGGAGAACGCGGACACAGUGGAGAAGGAGAAGACUCACUUGGAGGUUCCUUUGGAGGAGAACCUCAACAGGAGGGUGCUGGAGGAAGGGUCGGUGGAGGCCAGGACGAUCGAAGAUGCCAUCGCUGUCCUCAGCGUGGCCAACGACCUGGACCGCCACCCCGAGCGGCGGAUGAAAGCCGCCUUCACGGCCUUCGAGGAGGUCCAGCUGCCGCGCCUGAAGCAGGAGAACCCCAACAUGCGCCUCUCCCAGCUCAAGCAGCUCCUCAAGAAGGAGUGGAUGAAGUCUCCAGAGAACCCCAUGAACCAGAGGCACAAACCUUACAACAGCCAAAAGUAGAACUAGAAACCCAGCCGUCCUCAGCCCUGUCCCACCCCCACCUCGGCCAACGGACAGUGGGCUGGAGCCCCCCCACCCCCCCAGGAUCUGCUGGGAUGAAACCAGGAGACACCAGGAACCUCCUCUGAUGGAACCAGGAGACACCAGGAACCUCCUCUGAUGGAACCAGGAGACACCAGGAACCUCCUCUGAUGAAACCAGGAGACACCAGGAACCUCCUCUGAUGAAACCAGGAGACACCAGGAACCUCCUCUGAUGAAACCAGGAGACACCAGGAACCUCCUCUGAUGAAACCAGGAGACACCAGGAACCUCCUCUGAUGAAACCAGGAGACACCAGGAACCUCCUCUCCUUUGGUUUCCCUCUUCCCGCCCCCUCUUCCAGUCUCUCCCUCUUCUUGGAUUUAAGAUAAGCACCAGAUGGUGGCUCCUGUGGCCCUGGGGACCCUGCA